AUGGCUACGCGCUUCUUCGAUGUGCUGAAGCUGACCUUUAAGGUUCUAAGCUUUAAAUAUGAGCAACGAAAAUUGGCCACAGCCAUCUAUUCGGUGGUAAAGACUAAGCUGGGUCCAGUGCGCGGAGUCAAGCGCAACACGAUAUGGGGGGGAAGUUAUUUGAGCUUUGAGAAAAUUCCCUUUGCCAAGCCCCCUGUGGGGGAGCUGCGAUUCAAGGCCCCGGUACCAGUGGAGUCAUGGGAUCGGGAACUGGAUUGCACUUCGGCUGCGGAAAAGCCCCUACAGACCCACAUGUUCUUCCGGAAGUUUGCGGGAUCUGAGGAUUGCUUGUAUCUCAAUGUUUAUACAAAGGAUUUGCAACCAAACAAACUACGGCCAGUGAUGGUUUGGAUCUAUGGCGGUGGCUUUCAGGUGGGAGAAGCCUCGCGGGAUAUGUAUAGUCCCGAUUUUUUCAUGUCCAAGGAUGUGAUUAUAGUAACAGUGGCUUAUCGACUGGGUGCUCUAGGAUUCCUGAGCUUGGAUGAUCCGCAGCUGAAUGUGCCCGGUAACGCAGGACUCAAAGAUCAAAUCAUGGGUCUUCGUUGGGUCCAGCAGAACAUCGAGGCCUUCGGCGGGGAUCCCAACAACGUUACACUAUUUGGGGAAAGUGCCGGCGGAGCGUCAACUCAUUUUUUAACACUCAGUUCCCAGACCGAGGGCUUGGUUCACAAGGCAAUAGUGAUGUCCGGAAGCGUAUUGUGCCCAUGGACGCAUCCACCUCGAAAUGAUUGGGCUUACCGUCUGGCCCAAAAACUGGGAUACAGUGGCGACAAUAAGGACAAACAGAUUUUUGAUUUUCUAAAGUCGAUUAGCGGAGGCGAGAUUGUCAAAGCAUCUGCCACAGUGCUGAGCAAGGACGAGAAGCACCACCGAGUCCUCUUUGCCUUUGGACCAGUUGUGGAACCCUAUAAAACGGAGCACACUGUAAUUGACAAGUCGCCCUAUGAGAUGAUGCACAAUAGUUGGAGCAACCGAGUGCCCAUUAUGUUUGGUGGCACCAGUUUCGAGGGAUUGCUUUUUUAUCCUGAGGUUUCUCGUCGGCCUGCUACUUUGGAUGAAGUGGGAAACUGCAAAAAUGUGCUUCCUAAAGAUUUGAGCCCUAAUUUGGAUCCAAAACUGCGAGAAAACUACGGCCUGCAAUUAAAGAAAGCCUACUUUGGCGACGAACCAUGCAACCAGGCCAAUAUGAUGAAGUUCCUCGAGCUAUGCUCCUACCGGGAAUUCUGGCAUCCGAUCUACCGCGCUGCAUUGGCUCGAUUCCGCCAGUCGAGUGCCCCCACAUACUUAUACCGCUUUGACCACGAUUCCAAGCUUUGUAAUGCUAUCAGGAUAGUGCUGUGCGGACAUCAAAUGCGCGGAGUUUGUCAUGGAGACGAUCUGUGCUACAUAUUCCACAGUAUGCUGUCCCACCAAUCAGCUCCCGACUCACCGGAGUACAAAGUAAUAACAGGCAUGAUCGACGUGUGGACAAGUUUCGCCACUAAUGGCGAUCCCAACUGUGAAACCUUAAAGUCACAAAAAUUCGCCCCGAUCGAAAAUGAAUCGGACAUUAAAUGCCUAAAUAUUGGCGAGCAGUUUGAAUUUAAAACUCUUCCGGAGCUGCAGAAAAUCGAGUCUGUAUGGAACAGUUUCUACGCCCAAAACAAACUGUAGAUGCUGUGCAUCAAAAGGGUCGUUUUCCAGCUUUAGUUGGCUUAAAAGGAUUGGGAUUAUUUUUAAUUGUGUAAAUAAGCUGUAAAUAUGUUGUGGUUAUCUUUAGUUUCGUAUGCUAUUUGUAUAUUUUAAACACAUUUCGUAUUAAGUCGCAAUGUAAGUUUAUUUCGGAUAUAAAAAUGGAAAUGUAUUUAUUUAAAAAAGGCACAUUAAUUCCACCCAAACUAAAAUUUUAAUAAAAU